AUGGGUACAAGAAGAGGAAGGAUGUUGAAUGGGAUGAUCAUUGUGAAGAAGAUAAUGAAGAUGAGAAGAAGAAGCGAGGAUGUAAAUGGAGGUGGAGUUGAGAGAAAGUGGAAGGAAAGGGAUAGGAAAAUAGAGAAAGAAGACAGAGACAAGGGUAGGGAUAGGGAUAGGGAUGGAGAAAGGGGCAAGGUUAUGGAUGAAGGAAAUAAUGCCCUUGGGAUGGAGGAAGAGAGAGGGGUAGGGGCUGGGGAAGGGGAAGAAAUGGUGAUAGGGAGAAAAGGGAAGGAGACAAGAACAUGGAGAGAGAGAGAGAGGAGAGAGAAGGAGACAGAUCAAAAAAGGAUAUGGGGAAGGAGCGAUAGUGAGAGUGAGAAGGAGAGGAAGAGGAAGAGCCGAAGCACCAAUAAGUCAAAGCGGGAUGCUAGCGUGGAGCGAGGGAUGAGUCGGGAGAGGUGA